AUGAAUCGCCUCCGCUCGCUCCCACACUCCAUCUCUCGCCUCUCUCGCUUGCAGUCACUCACGGUUACUCGUGCCAAAAGCCUGCUAGCUCUGCCAGAAUCGAUAGGGAAGCUCUCAGCACCCACAUCCCUCCACCUUGACGGUCUCAUGCGCUUGACUACUCUGCCUGAGUCACUUGGGCAGCUGAAGAAGCUUCAAUAUCUUCAUAUUGACCAAUCCCCGGGCCUAACCAGGCUUCCCGAGUCCUUCCCUGAUCUCUGCCGACUGCAGCGCUGCCAUUUCUGCAUUCUCGGCAUUUCGUGCCUUCCAGAUGACUUCUGGAAGCUCUCUGCUCUAAAAUACCUCUUGCUCACGUCACUGCCCAAACUCUGCAGCUUGCCCGAAUCUUUUUCGCAGCUGCCUGCACUGGAGGAGUUGAACCUGACCCAGUGCGAGGGGCUAGCUCAGUUACCCGCGGGCCUGCAGCAGAUGGGGAGGCUGCAGACAUGCAUCAUCAGUUGGUGCCCGCUGCUGCCGACAAGAACAGUUGCAUCGAUUCACAAAGCGAAUUUGGACGAGGGCGAGCGCUUGGUUGAGGGGGAGGAGGAGGAGGAGGAGGAGGAGGAGGAGGAGGAGGAGGAGGAGGAGGAGGAGGAGGAGGAGGAGGAGGAGGAGGAGGAGGGGGAGGGGGGGGGGGGGAGGAGUAGUAGGAGUGGGGAUGGUGCGGCUAUUGUUGAGUCAUUGUUAAUUUUUCUCUACCAUAUUUCCAACCCAUGGCGUGCAGGGGACUUUGGAGAGGAGCAGGUGCAGCUGGUGCAGCAGGUGGCGGCAGUGAAGGCCAUGAUGGGCGCUGUGGGCGCGCAGGUGGUUUCAGCUCAAUGUGAUUCGCUCCUCAUCCAUGGUUUUUAUAUGCAGGAAGGAGAGUGCGCCACUGGUGGGUCGAGUCGAGUGGAUGAGCUCUCACAGCAGCUUGAAGCGUCUCAUUAUCUCCUGCUUUCCUGCUAUCAUGCUAUCGUGCUACUAUGCAACGCACUGACCCCUCCUUCUCGUCCCUCAUCUCAUCCUUUUUUUCUGGGCAGCCUGCACGUGGGGUACGGUAGGGUGGACCUCCCCCAGUGGCGCCUGUCCAUCGUGGGAGCUCGCCCCUUCUCCUACGGCCCCUCCAGCUCGGCUAAGAGCUUCUACCGCGCCAGGUGGGGCUCUACCGCACCAGGUGGGGCGUGCACAGGCGGAAUGGCAUGGCAGGUGCAGGGAUGUGGGGUGGCGUGGGGAUGGCAGGUGCAGACAACAGAGGGGCUGCAGUGGCUGCAAGAUGCAGAGCGGUUUCAAUGUUUGGAUGCUUGCCUUCCCUUUCACCUGGACUUUGAUCACCGUGUACGCCUGCGUGCAGCUUUUCUUCGCUGUGCGGCUGCGCUGCCCCCCGUCCCUCAAGGCACCUGGCGGCCAGCCGCUCCGCCGGAUUUCAUCCUCUGCUUCGAUUAA